UUAUUGUGGCACGCUCCUUCCUCCCUUUCCUUCUCUGCUAGCAAGUCGAUUAAGCUAGCUAGCGAGAGAAGCUCUUUAAAUCUUCCAGUGUACUUAUUAUGAAUUGAUUGAUACGUGUAACAUAGCACAAUUGAUUUCUGUUUCUACAGUCCAGUGAACAAACCAACCACUAAAAUGAACAUACGAAACGCAAGGCCGGAGGAUCUUAUGAACAUGCAACACUGCAACCUGCUAUGUCUGCCAGAAAACUACCAGAUGAAAUACUAUUUCUACCACGGGCUGUCCUGGCCCCAGCUCUCAUACAUUGCAGAGGACGAAAAUGGCAAAAUUGUGGGAUAUGUCCUAGCAAAGAUGGAGGAGGACCCAGAUGAUGUCCCCCAUGGUCACAUCACAUCCCUGGCAGUGAAACGCUCCCACAGACGACUUGGCCUGGCUCAGAAGCUGAUGGACCAGGCCAGCCGGGCCAUGAUAGAAAACUUCAAUGCUAAAUAUGUCUCGCUUCAUGUUCGCAAAAGCAACCGAGCAGCCCUGCACCUGUACUCCAACACACUCAAAUUCCAGAUCAGUGAGGUGGAGCCUAAAUACUACGCAGACGGGGAGGAUGCCUAUGCCAUGAAGAGAGACCUGGCCCACAUGGCUGACGAGGCCCCACAGCUGAGAAAGCCUGGAGUGCGCGUCUCUGGUCAGGAGGCACCGUCUGGCCAGAGCCCAUCAGGAUCCGGCGACCAGGAGAGAGAGAGUGAGAGAGACAGCGGAGGAGAGAGCAAAGAGCUGAGCGAAGUCAGCGAGGCGACAGAAAGCACGGACGUUAAAGAUUCUUCGUCUGAUUCACAAUGACGCUGCAGUCCUAGACAUUUUUAAAUUCAUCACUCACUUCCACUUUUUAUCUCUUUUCGGCAACGUCUCUGACUUUACAAACUGACUAUCUGUGCAUCAAAGCUGUUCACACAUUUUCAUCUCUGGUUUUUCUGAAGUCUCACUUUUCAGUGCAGUGCUGAACAAAAUGUCGUUGGAUAAUGACAUGAAUUUGGGUGUUAUCUAAAUGAAACUAAAGUGAAUGAUUGGUCUCAGUGUUUUUAUUGGAUUGCUGUUGUCAUUAUCAAAAGUAGCCCAAAGUUCUGUGAGAUUAACAGAAUUGAAAACAAAGCUGUUUCAUUCUAAUCUCUACAUUAUUUAACAGAAUUACUGCAAAUAAAUCUUUCAAAUAAAA